GGUGAUGCCUCGCUUAUGUGUGGGGUCGCUCGGCCCCAGCUACCAAGACCUCCAACGCCUUGCCGGGUUGCGGGCCCCGCAGGGUUCCGCUGGACUCCUCUCCACGGGGCGCUGCCGCUGGUCCUUGCGUUUUCUUUCCCUUCUCGCCGAGGCAGUAUAGGGUCUGGGGAGUGGCGGACCUCAUCGUCCUCGGAGGAGCCCAUCCGUGUGGGGAGGCAUCGGCGGUGCGGCGACGACGAGCGGGAGAGGCGGACGCUAUCUGUACCUCGCCGCGCAGCCGCCGGAACGCGCCGGCUCUACCGCGGUCGCUCUGCUCUCUCCUUUGCUGCGGUCCCCUGCCUGAGACGUGUUGCCGUCCCUGCCGUGUUUCUGCGUUUCGGCAGGGAGCCUUCCAGUUGCGGUGCCAGGAAUGUGCGUGCUAGGUGCCCUGCGUCGGAUCUGGCUGCCUCGCGCCGCCGGCGUCGAGAGGCAGCUGCUGAGGCCACUUUGGCUGCUCGUGUGGGUGCUGGUUCUGCCAGGAACGUGCGGUCACGGCUGGCACUCCUCCAUGUUCCUUUGUUUCCACAGGCCACUGGAGUUUCAGCUCCUGCCCCUGUUUCUAUUGCCCCACGAAAUUACAUAGCGCUUAGAGACCAUUUCUGCCCGCUCGUGCCUGUAUCUGUUGCUAGAGAAAAUAGAGCCAGACGAAUGGCUAGGAACAGGAACAGGGCUCGGAUGAGGAAAGACUAUUUAAUUCCUGCGUCUAUUAUUGAGCCUAUACUUGCCUUCCCAAAAGAAUAUGCCACUCUGCUGAAAGAAACGUAUUCUGGCCGAUCUUACUAUGGGGGGCCGGAUCUAUGAGACCAAGCAUGCAACCACCUUCUUCUGAGGAGCCCAACUUUCCACCCACUGUAUAUACCACCCUACUACUACUCCUCCUACGGCUGGCUUGCAAUCGUAGACACUAUAGCAGCCACUCCAGGUACACAUGGAUUCUUUUGCGUGCUUUAACAUUUAGCGCGGACAGUGACAAUAUGACACUACCUUUUGGCAAUUGACGUUGUGACAUUCUUUUGGGUGCCUCGCCAUGAGACGCCGCUUCAAGGAAUUCUCCAGAUUAUACUCCACAGGACAACCAAACACACAGUGCCUUGGAAACCAGCCUGGAAAUGAUGACCACAUUGCAAUAGCAAAGAACCUGACUCGCCUUCUCAGCAAGAUAUAUCACCCAAGAAGAACCUGCUCAAGCCUGCCUGCUGGUUUCGACUCUAUGUGUGUUGGGUUAUCCAAAUCUAUUGUUGCAACUGCAAAUUGUAGGCUACCUGGUUUAUGCUUGCUCCUUCAGCAUCACGACUAAACCUAUUUGAUCAGGCUAGGAAUUUAUAAAUCCACCUGUAUCAAGCAACUCUAUAUUGCCUGUGAUCCUUGAACCUUAAUCCUAUGUAUGAAAGCUGUACUCUUUGUGGUAUUUUUCGGUUCCUCUACUUCCCAGAA